CGACCGGAAAUUAUAAUCACGGGGAUGGUGCACGGGGGGCGUUUUCGGCUGAGGGUCGUGCCAGGAGGCUCAGGCACGGCGUGGACAGCUGCUGCGCGGGGUCCUUCUGUGCUGGCCGGCGAUGCGGGAGCUGACGAGGGAGAAUGGGGCGUUCCUCCAAGGAUAAGAGGGACAUCUACUACCGCAUUGCCAAACAGGAAGGCUGGCGCGCACGCAGUGCCUUCAAGCUCCUGCAGCUCGAUGAAGAGUACGCUCUCUUUGAAGGUGUCUGCAAGGCAGUGGAUCUGUGCGCUGCGCCUGGUAGCUGGAGUCAAGUCCUGAGCCGCAAACUCAAGUGGCUCUCUAUCCUGCACGUCUACCAACAGAAGGUAAACCCCACGAUGAAUUUACAAGGGAAAUCACCAAACCCUAUGCCGGCUGGAAUGAAAGCUCCUGUAUUCGUUCUUGCCCACAGAGGGAAGAGCGGAGAUGGUCUGGAUACCAAAAUCGUUGCUGUAGAUCUCCAGGCAAUGGCCCCCCUCCCUGGUGUCAUCCAGAUCCAGGGAGACAUCACUAAGGUCUCCACUGCCCAGGAAAUCAUCAGGCAUUUCGAGGGAGAGGCUGCGGAUCUGGUGGUUUGCGACGGAGCCCCAGACGUCACCGGUCUUCAUGACAUUGACGAAUACAUCCAGGCUCAGCUUCUGCUUGCGGCCUUAAACAUCACCACUCACGUGCUGAAACCUGGAGGGACCUUCGUGGCAAAGAUCUUCCGCGGGAAGGAUGUCACCCUCCUGUACUCUCAGCUCCGUCUGUUCUUCAGCGACGUCACCUGCGCCAAACCGCGGAGCAGCCGCAACUCGAGCAUCGAGGCGUUUGUCGUUUGCCGGGGUUACGCACCUCCCCCUGGCUAUGUGCCCAAUAUGUCCAACCCGCUCCUCGACCACUGCUACGAUGUGGACUUCAACCAGCUGGAGGGUGCCAACAGGGUCAUCGUGCCCUUCCUGGCCUGCGGUGACCUCAGUGCCUACGACUCCGACAAGACCUACCCCCUACAGCUCGAGCCCGGCCAGGAAUACACCUACACUCCCCCGGCACAGCCACCCAUCCGACCUCCCUACCAGGAGGCCUGCUACCUCAAGAAGAACAACUUGCUGGCUGCCUGCCAGGCCCUCACGCCCGAGGACACCGUGACCAAAGCACCGGACAGCUUGUGUGUGACUGAGGACGGCCGACAGGGCCCCACGCCCGAGGACACCGAGACCAAAGCACCGGACAGCUUGUGUGUGACUGAGGACGGCCGACAGGGCCCCACGCCCGAGGACACCGAGACCAAAGCACCGGACAGCUUGUGUGUGACUGAGGACGGCCGACAGGGCCCCACGCCCGAGGACACUGAGACCAAAGCACCGGACAGCUUGUGUGUGACCGAGGAAGCAUCUCCUCAGCAUUUCAUGACAUAAAUGGGGGG